CUUAUAGACAGCUAAUCUCGAUGUGUGAUUCUUUUUUUUUCAACUAAUUUUUGACUAUUUUUUUUCUGUUUUCUUUAUUUAACAAAAAUCUCACUUGGCGUGUCUGAUCUUGUUCCCCGUCGUCGUCUCUAACUUACACAUUUCCAUUCUCCGAAUCUCUAUCUCUCCUUUUGCUUCAUCGGUGUGAUCUCUGAGACGAAAGAAGAAGAAGAUGGUGGUUAUUGAGCAGAAGAAGAGGUUUGCUUUGUUUUUAGCGACGUGUGAUUCAGAGUUCGUGAAGAAGACUUACGGUGGUUACUUCAAUGUCUUCGUUUCAACUUUCGGCGAAGAAGGUGAGCAAUGGGAUCUAUUCCGAGUCAUCGACGGACAAUUUCCCGACGAGAAUGAUUUAGACAAGUACGACGGUUUCGUUAUCAGUGGUAGUCCACAUGAUGCUUUCGGAGACGCCGAUUGGAUUGUUAAGCUUUGCGAAGUUUGUCAGAAACUUGAUCACAUGAAGAAGAAAGUUCUCGGCAUCUGCUUCGGCCACCAGAUAAUUACUAGAGUUAAAGGUGGGAAGAUAGGAAGAGCACUCAAAGGUGCAGAUAUGGGACUUAGAAGCAUAACCAUAGCGAAAGACAAUGAAAAACUACGAGGUUACUUUGGAGACGUUGAGGUCCCAGCAUCUUUAGCUAUUAUAAAAUGUCAUCAGGAUGAAGUGUUGGAACUUCCUGAGUCUGCUACACUACUUGCUUCUUCUGAGGUAUGUAACGUCGAGAUGUUCUCUAUUGGAGAUCAUUUUUUCUGUAUUCAAGGGCAUCCAGAGUAUAACAAAGAGAUUCUGUUUGAGAUUGUGGACCGAGUCCUUAAUAUGAAGCUGAUGGAGCAAGAGUUUGCGGAUAAGGCAAAGAGUACGAUGGAGACUGCGCAACCAGACAGGAUUCUAUGGCAGAAGCUCUGCAAAAACUUCCUGAAAGGUUGAUGAUCCGAGACUAUGUUAUCUCUGUAUGAACUUAUCAAAAACUAUGUCAUCUCUCAAUAAACCUGCAGUAUCUUUCAUAUUUUAUCUUCAGGAAACAGAAAGAAACACAUAUAAAACAAAUCACAAUCACAAAUAAUCUUUUAUGUUA